UGGAUAAUCACGGCAUAACUUUGAUCGUGUGUUCUGAACUCAAACUCAACAGUUCUCUACGACGAGAAGCGUCUCCAAAUGUGGAAUUCCGUGACAGUGUUCGUCUACUGAAGUAGGUGAGUUAGUAAUUAAAAGGUUUCUUAGGCUGUUUCGAUCGGCUCUACGAAACAUACACAUGCAGAAAAAAACAUUUUUCCAGGCAGCUUCUGUACCGCUAACUACACACGUCUACUGUCUGACAGAGCUCAGCGAUAUCAAUACUUGAUCAAUUAGGUGAAAAUAGGUGAAAACAUAUAACUUGCCUUCUUAAACACUUUUAAGGCAGUAGACUUUCUCUCAUGGCUCGUUACUGAUACGAAAAAUGAAAACGCUGCUAAACCGACGAACGGCGACUUGCUACAGCAAGCCAUUAAUUAGGUCAAUAAUAACCUGUAAGUUUUCUUAUAUAAAAACAAAGUUUAUUAUUUUGAGCCACGCGGGCAUGACAGAAAAUAGGCCUCCCGAUACCUUCUGUCGUCUUAAAUUUGUCAUUUGCAACGUAAAUGAGCAUGCAUUUUUAAACAGAUCAGAUUGUUAGACUUUUCGUUUCGUUGUGUUUAAAAACUGUGAUCAUAUAAGUCCAAGCAGCGGUUACCAGGUGUCAAAUUUUGAGCUACCAAGCAGACAUACAGUUCAAUGAAAAUCGUUCUUCCUGCAGUCUUCUAGCAUUUCAAGCAAUGACCAAGUCAUAGAUUUCUACCAAUAAAACGGAUUUUUUCCUACUCUAUGCGAGAAACGUUAGAAAAUCUGGCGUAGUUUCAAUCAUUCGCCAGCAAUUAGAACGUUGUAAAAUAGUCGGUUGGUGCAGCGCUCUGUCGUCAAAUUAAGUGACGAUUUCCUCCCGUUUUCGACGUGAAAACAUUUUUUAAAUAUUGAAAUCCAAAAUCGGAUCUUCCAUGCUAGUAUUUUUCAUUCAAAGUUAUCAUCGCUCUACGCGUUGCCUUUCCUAGUGCUCUUGUGAUCUCUUGUUAUUUCUUGAUUUGGCACGGUGUCGCUUUGUGUAUAAAUUAUUAAAACAGCUAGUAGCAAAAUUGUUGGCUAUCAUAUAAUACUAUUUUAGCCUUAUUUAAGCAUCGUUAAUUGAUAGAAAUUAGCCUGUGAUUUUUAAGUUCAGUUUUUAUUGUGAUAUUCAUUGAUAUGUGGGUCAAGUUUACUUGUUUACUUUUCCAAGUUCAUGAAAACUAUUUAAGUUUAAGCUUAUUAGAUUCCUUAUAAAAGCGGAUUGCGUCUUUACUUUUAGUCACUUGAAUUCUUUUAACUUUAAUUUUGUUUCGCCUUGCCACAAAACUUUAAAGAAAAUUAUAAACUUGUAAAACAAGAGCGAGCGCUCUCGCUGAACAUUUAUUCCUGAUUGUAAUAAUCCGAAACCCAAAAAUGUUCAAACUUAAAAAUAAUUUGCGCCUUUGAAACAUCGAGUUGAUUUUCCAAAAGCUUCCAACUUUUACAAAACAAACUUCGUUAAAUGAUAACUCUUACGUCUUAGUGAUAAAGAUAGUUCAAAUGUUCUAAUGAAUCUGAAAUAUUUUGCUAGCUUAAAAUUUUCCUUUUCCUAUACUAUCCUUAUACACCUGGAACUUCCAUUUCAAAUUUAUUUCUCCUUGUCUUUUUGUCCUGUUUUCAAGAAGUGCUCAGAACACGUUCGAUCUUGCGUCAGUUCUAUUAUAUAUUUUUUUGUUUCCAAUUUCUACUUGGCAUUACAGUCUUCCCAGGAGAAAUCGAAGACAAUGGUUAUGCGAUUUUUUUUCGGGGUGGGAGGGGGGGGGGGUGCAUUACGGUUUGUGCAAAAAUGGGGAAUACUAUUCAUAAUAGUCAGGUUUUCAUAACUCCUAUUGUAGAAAUACUCUCCAGCAAAAUGGCGGAUCCCCAACAAAAGACGAACAAUAUUACUCCAGAUGUGUUAGAGGCAGCAGAAAUUCUUGUGAUGAUGAGGCAAGGCAUGAGGGGUUUCUUAGAAGCUCAGCAGGCUCGCUACGGGAUGCCCUACGUCUAUUACACUUCGCUCAAUCCAACAAUAUCUCAGCUUCACUAUUUCUCAGCGCACGGACUUCCUUUUUCGCCGCUAUACGACAUAUCCCCUAUUGCACCAGCGGCGUAUCAGUUCUCGCCUUUGGCACAGGCCCAGCAAGAACUAUAUUAUGGGAUGCUGACCUCGGCGCAAUGCAUUGUGGGGCCACCAAGGAAACAAGAUUCAACGGGUGUGGAUUUUACUGUGGGGUUCAGGGAAAAAGAGUCUUUGCAACCAGGUAAGUAAAAUUUCUCAAAGACACACAAAAUGUUAUUUAGUCGAAUGACUUGCUUUUUUUUUGAUAAUUGCUUUCUGGAUAUCCUGAAGGCGCCAGAGGGUUUUUUUCUUCCCUAAAAGAGAGAUUAAGCAUCGCGUUUACGGCAAACGUGAGAUUCAAGAUAAGAAAUUUUCAAAAUGAGACAUGAGCAGAUAAAAACAGGUUAAAACAAUUCUUAUGGAUAGAAUUGGCGUGAAUCGUGUAAUUGUAAUGAACAGUAAACGACAAGUGAAUGGAAAACUUGGACACGUGGUACAAAUUCAAGUUUGCCGUUUGCUGUAAACGCGAUCCUUAAAUCUCUCUAUUUCCCGAUAAUUCGCGGCGAGCUUUAUCAAACAGUACGGUUAUUUCAACCUAUAGGCAUUUCGAGAACGGACCUCCGGAGCCAGGAUAAUCUGGACUUUGAAGCCCGAAAAUAUUUUUUUUGCAAAAUGAGUGGAGAGAAAAUUAAGCAAGUCCUUUUCUUUACACUCAGUCUGUUUAUCAGUUUGUUUGCGUAAAAAGUAAUUUUAUGUCUGAUAAUUGCUGAUUUUCAGUUUCAAAGAAGCCCCGUUUAUUAGAAACAGGCUCACCAGAACAAACCACGACAGAGAAACAAGAAUCCAAACGGAAACGUAAAAACCUCACAAAAGAACAGUUGGAAAUUCUCGAAUCUGUUUACGAAAAGGACAAAUAUCCUCACAUCGACGAUAGAAUAAAGUUAGAAAAACCAACAAAUCUUACUGAGGAUAGGAUUCAAGUCUGGUUUCAAAACAGGAGAGCAAAGGACAGGAAAAAACUGGAGGCACAGAAAUUACAACAGUAUUAUGUUGAGCGCAGAAGAAAAGUUUCAGAGGAAUUCAGAGAGGAUGUCGCUGAUGGUACCAAGUUUGCGAAUAAAAAGGAACCGGGACACAUAAGAAAGAAUAGUGGCAGUGAUCUUAGCGAAAAUGAUGAAUCUGACAGUUUAGGUUUCAGUGAAAAUAAAUAA